AACAGCGUUACAGCGGAACAUUCUAACUAACUAAAUUGAUUUAAACUUUUUGUCUUAUUGCACAAUCUAAAGUCUAAACAAACACCUUUGGACUCUCCGCUUCUUCUUCUUUGUCUGCAACAACAUCUUCUCACUCUCUUCCUCCUCUCUUUACUUUGAUAAUAACAAUGGCUACUGCAUCCAACUCGGUACUCUUCUCGAGCUCCGACUCACCGAGUCAUCAUCAUCACAACCCGCCCAGAACCCACCUCCAUCUUUCCUCCUCCAGAUCCCAUUCCGUUUCUCUCAUACCCACCAAGCAAUCCACCUCCCUCGCGAUCCGUUGCUCCAACAAUGGCGAUAACAACGCCUCAUCCCAAAAAGACACCCCAAUCGAACUCAAGUUCCCAGCAUUUCCAACGGUCAUGGACAUUAACCAGAUCAGAGAGAUAUUGCCUCACAGGUUCCCGUUUCUGCUGGUGGAUAGAGUGAUUGAGUAUACACCUGGUGUUUCAGCUGUAGCUAUUAAGAAUGUUACUAUCAAUGACAACUUCUUCCCUGGUCAUUUCCCCGACCGACCCAUCAUGCCUGGUGUUCUCAUGGUUGAGGCGAUGGCGCAAGUGGGAGGGAUAGUAAUGCUGCAGCCGGAAGUAGGAGGAUCUCAGGAUAACUUCUUCUUUGCCGGUAUUGAUAAAGUGAGAUUCCGCAAACCAGUGAUUGCAGGAGACACACUGGUCAUGAGGAUGACUCUUCUCAAGUUCCAGAAACGCUUCGGUCUUGCUAAGAUGGAAGGUAAAGCUUACGUGGGUGGGUCUUUGGUCUGCGAGGGAGAGUUCAUGAUGGUUUCUGCUGGCAGUUCUUGAUCUUCUCAACUAUUGUUUCCCUCGUUAUAUGUUAUGUUUUUUUUUUUUCUUCUUCUUAUGCUUCUUCUGUGAUUCGGAUAACUAGACAAGACCAAAGCUUAAAACAAAGUGACACUUAUACGAGUCUUCUUCGAAGUUUU